ACUCGAACAAAAAUUUCACAAAACAAUACGAUCUCAUACUUGCUACAUAAAUAUAAAUACGGAAAACCAUGAAAAUUCUAAUUCUAACAGUACUUGGGAUACUUGUAAUGCUAUCUUUUACAGCUUCUGAAACCAAAACUAAUCCUAUUAUUUCUAUCCCUGAAACAUACAACCUAAUUAACGGUACUGGCAACUUUCCAAUAGCAAAGCCGGGCUGCAAUACCACAUGCGGUGACUUAAUUGUUCCCUACCCGUUUGGCAUCGGCCAUAACUCAAAUUGUUCUAUAGAUAAAGGCUUUGACAUCUAUUGCAACACUUCUUAUGACCCGCCUAAGGCUUUUUUUACAGAAACUGGCAAGAACGUCUGGAUCAAACUGAUAUCUGAUUCUACACUUCGGACAUCCAAUCUGGUUGCUAGCAGAUGCUAUUAUCCAGAUGGGACAACAAGUUCAAAUUCCUCCGGGAAUUCGAUCUCCUAUAAUUUCAACAACUGGCCCUACACUUUUUCAAAAGUAAAUAAGUUCACAGUGAUAGGCUGCAACGAUUAUGCUUGGCUGACCUCAAGAACAAAGUCUAAUGAAGCAUCUGUGUCUACUGGCUGUAUGGUGUUUUGUCCAAAUGCUACCUCGGUGAAUAUUUCAAGUGACGAGUGUUCAGGGAAUGGUUGCUGUCGAUCGUCCAUACCCCAAGACAUUAGCUACUACUUUACUCAGGUCAAUAACUUGUCAGGUGUUAAUCAGACUGAUUCAGAACGUUGUACACAUGCAUUUGUUGGCGAGGAGAACACAUUCAAGUAUAAUGGUAGUGCAUCGUAUUUAUCUGAUCCUUCCUACCCCAAAAACAUUUCAGAUAAUGUCCCGGUAGUGCUCGAUUGGGCUAUUGGUAGUGUCGGUUGCGCUGAAGCCAACGCAACAGAUGGGUAUGCCUGCCAAUCAAAUAGCACAUGUGUUGACUCUGUUAGGAAAUCCGGUGGGUACCGCUGCCAAUGUAAUGAAGGCUUUCAAGGAAACCCUUAUCUAUCUCCUGGCUGUCAAGAUAUCGAUGAGUGUGAAGAACUUGAGAAACAUUCGUGUUAUGGAGUUUGUAAGAAUACUCCCGGAAACUACACAUGCAGCUGUAAAAAAGGAUAUUUUGGCGAUCCAAAGGUUCCAAAUGGAUGUAAACACAAACCAUUCGUUCAAACUCUCUUAUUCAAACUAGGUAUUGGACUUGCAUUACCUGCAAUAGUGAUUGGAUUAUUGUUGUUGUUCUUCAUGAGUAGGAAAAGAAAGCUAGUAAAACUAAGAGAAAGGUAUUAUGACCAAAAUGGGGGCGCGCUAUUGAAAGAGAAACUAAAAACUAAGGGUGGUAUCGGUGUUGGUUCCGUCAACAUUUUUCGUAUCGAAGAAUUAGAAGACGCCACUGACAAUUUUUCAGAAAGUAGGGUUCUUGGUAGGGGAGGCAAUGGUACCGUGUACAAGGGAACUCUAAGCGAUAAGCGUUUAGUCGCAAUCAAGAAAUCUCAAAGAGUGGAUCAAGGACAAAGGGAGGAAUUUAUAAAUGAAAUGGUAAUUCUCACACAGAUUAAUCACACAAACGUGGUGCAGCUUAUAGGAUUUUGUUUGGAAGCUGACAUCCCGUUGUUAGCUUAUGAAUAUGUACCAAAUGAUACACUUCAUCGCCAUAUUCAUAAUAGAACAAACGGCACAAGAAGAUUGUCAUGGGAUGAUCGUCUAAGGAUAGCACAUGAAUCAGCUGGUGCCCUUGCUUAUCUUCACACAGAUGCUAGAAUGUCCAUCAUACAUAGAGAUGUUAAGUCCACUAACAUCUUGUUGGACGAAAAUUACACCGCAAAAAUUGCAGACUUUGGUGCUUCAAGGCUAGUUCCCUUAGGUCAUGAUGAAGUCGUUACUCUAGUUCAAGGAACGUUCGGAUACUUGGAUCCUGAAUAUUUCCAUUCAGGUGAAUUAACCGAUAAAAGCGAUGUCUAUAGCUUUGGUGUGGUUCUUGCGGAACUACUAACAGGGCAACAACCCCUUAGCAUUGAAAGAUGUCUAAAAGAGAGAAAUCUUGCUACAUAUUUCGUAAAGGCAGUCAAGGAAAAUACAUUACUUGAUAUUGUUGAACGUGGUGUGGUAAAGGAGGCAAGUGAUGAGCAACUUCAAGCAACAAGCGGCCUCGUUUGUAGGUGUCUUAAUCAAGUAGGUGUGAAUAGACCAAACAUGAAAGAAGUGACUAUGGAGCUUGACAGAUUGAGGAAGUUGGGAACGCAUACUAAUUGGGUUAGUGAAGACAAUUACAAUGAAACAAGCAGUCUUAUGAUUGAAAUGGAACCAACCGACUUUUAUACUAUUCCGCUAAUGCCUAAGAGUAGUGAUACUUUUGGAGAUAGUUCCAUUACUAGUGAGAUGCAAGACAUGAUGCUCCAAUUAAAAAGUGCCCGGUAAACAUUAAUUAAGAACGAAUAUAGCUUUCUAUUAAUUUGCUACCGCAACUAGAUCGAGGAAGAAGUUACUCAUUCGGUAUAAGAUUCCUAUCUUAGUUAUGACGUGUAUUUACGGUAAACAUUAAUUAAGGACGAAAACCUUUAUUUUGAGAACCUAUUUUUUUUUUCAA